AUGGCGGCUGGUUUAAGGCACAGCAGCUCGGAGGCAGCUCAGUCACCUCCUGACCUUCCCUGCGAUUUUUGUGAAACUGAUAAUGGGCAAAGAAGCCAGCCUGCCUUUUACGAAGCGUGGGGACCUCCUGGUGCCUCGCAGCAUGUGUUUGGUACAGGCAGAAGCUCUGCCGGCUUUUCGGCGGCAGUGAGCGGAGAGGCUACUGUGUGGAAAGGAGAGUUUUGUCUUUAUGGCCCAUUCAAUCUUGCCCCUUCCUUGCUGAAACUGUCAACAAAGGUCCUAUUGAUAAAGAUGGGGCUUUUAUUAGUGCUGAGAAGCCAGCUGAAACUGGGAAGCCGUCGGUCUGGCCAGUAUACAAUGAACCAUGACCAUUCCAAGAAGACCCCCGAUGGAGCGUCGUUUGACCGCUCAGGAUCCCAGGACUCCUUGGAUGAACUGUCUAUGGAUGACUAUUGGAAAGAACUUGAAAACAUCCAUGAAACCAGAGGAAAUAAUCAUGAGGAACGAGUAGCACUUGUAGUGAAAGAGCCAGAUGAGGGAGAACUGGAAGAAGAAUGGCUGAAGGAGGCAGGUCUGUCAAAUCUGUUUGGUGAGAGCUCUGGUGACUCCCUGGAAAGCAUGGUGUUUCUGUCCACACUGACCCGAACCCAGAAGGCAGCGGUAGAAAAGAGAGUAGAGACUGUCACGCAAACCAUGAGGAAAAAAAACAAACAGCAUCAGAUUCCUGAUGUCAGAGACAUCUUCAGGGUACAAAAUGACUCAAAGGGAAAAGUCUGUGAUGGAAGUGAACCCUCAACUGUGAGAACAAGUGAAAACAAAAAUGAAACACAAGAUGGAACAAAAGGUCCAAAGUUCAGUCUUGGAAGGGAUGAGCAGAAGAGCCCACCUGAAGACAUGCCGUUUUCGGACACUGACAUCAAUUUAGAGAUACCAUUUGCAGAACAGGCAGCUAAUCUCAAAGACAGCUCAGUAGGCAAAAUGUGCAAGGGUGGAGGGGGUGACACUCUUCUCCCGAAUUUCAGGCUGCCGAAGGACAAAACAGGUACCACAAAGAUUGGUGACCUGGCCCCUCAGGACAUGAAGAAAGUCUAUUCUUUAGCACUGAUUGAAUUAACUGCUCUCUAUGACAUACUUGGGACAGAAUUCAAGCAGCAAAAAGCUGUAAAAGUAAAAACCAAAGACUCUGGCUUGUUUGGUGUCCCACUGUCAGUUUUACUGGAACAGGAUCAGAAGAAGGUGCCAGGAACCAAGAUCCCACUAAUUUUUCAAAAGCUGAUUGCCCAGAUAGAAGAGGCAACUCUGGAAACAGAAGGACUUCUUAGAAUACCAGGAGUUGCAACAAGAGUAAAGAGUCUUUGCCAAGAACUGGAAGCAAAAUUUUAUGAAGGGACUUUCAACUGGGAAAAUGUAAAGCAACAUGAUGCAGCAAGUCUUUUAAAACUCUUCAUCCGUGAACUGCCUCAGCCUCUCCUCACUGUAGAAUAUCUCAAAGCUUUCCAAGAUGUGCAGAAUCUUCCAACGAAGAAACAGCAACUGCAAGCUUUGAAUCUUUUGGUUCUCCUUCUACCUGAAGCAAACAGAGACACUCUGAAGGUACUGCUCGAAUUCCUCCAAAGAGUAAUUGAUCAUCGAGACAAAAAUAAAAUGACGUUGAAGAAUGUUGCGAUGGUGAUGGCCCCAAACCUUUUCACGUUUCAUGGGUUUGGCUCAAAGACUAUUGAACAAAGCGAGUUUGUUAUGGCAGCUGGAACAGCAAACGUCAUGCGCUUUAUGAUUCAGUACCAAAAACUUCUCUGGACAAUUCCUAAGUUUAUUGUUAACCAAGUGAGAAAACAAAACACUGAAAGCCAGAAGAAGGAGAAAAAGGACAAAGCUAUGAAGAAACUUCUGAAAAAGAUGGCAUAUGACCGGGAAAAGCAUGAGAAACAGGAGAAGACCCCUAAUGAUGCUGAUGUUCCUCAGGGAGUGAUACGGGUACAUGCGCCUCAUCUUUCGAAAGUUUCCAUGGCAAUACAGCUGACAGAAGAACUGAAAGCUGGUGAUAUAGUAGCCAGGUUUCUCAGCCAGAAAAGUGCAAACGUCCAAACACUCAAGAAAGAAGAGGUCUUUCUUUAUGAAAUAGGAGGAAAUAUUGGAGAACGCUGCCUUGAUGAUGAUACCUACAUGAAGGACCUAUACCAGCUCAACCCAAACGCUGAGUGGGUUAUAAAAUCUAAGCAGAGCUAAGCUCACAACUAAUGGCAAAAGAACAACCUGUGGACUUACUUUGUAAGGCUGAGUGUGGGAUAACGUGUCCUUUCAACAUUCAGCUGUGUUAUAUAUAUUAAUAGAAGCUUAUCCAGUGGAAAAGAAAAAAGUAAUGGGAACCCGACAGUGAUUAUCAGUAAAUUUUCAGUUUUACUUGCAGCAAAAUUUUGGAGAUAGCACACUUUUCCCACUCAUAUUUGAAAUGAGAAUAAGUACCUUAAAUAUUUUAAUGGCACUAAUCUACCUCCCAUCUGG